CAGAGUUAGAUGGAGUUGGGUAUACUUUUACAUGUGAUUUCCUAUCACGCCUAAAAGAAAAAAGACACUUUUUCCAGACUGUCGCAAAGGAACAUCAUGUUUGAUUGUAUGGAUGUUCUAGCUGUGAGCCCUGGACAAAUGCUGGAUUUCUACACGGCAAGUCCUUCUUGCAUGCUCCAGGAAAAGGCUCUUAAAGCAUGCUUCAAUGGACUAACGCAAACAGACUGGCAGCAUCGGCGGAGCGCACAGUCUAUUGAAACGCAGAGCACCAGUUCUGAAGAGCUGGUUCCCAGUCCCCCGUCCCCGCUGCCCCCUCCUCGCAUCUACAAGCCUUGCUUUGUGUGCCAGGACAAGUCCUCUGGGUACCACUAUGGCGUCAGCGCGUGUGAAGGCUGCAAGGGUUUUUUCCGCAGGAGCAUUCAGAAGAACAUGGUGUAUACGUGUCACAGGGACAAGAACUGCAUCAUCAACAAGGUGACGCGAAAUCGCUGUCAGUACUGUCGCCUCCAGAAGUGUUUCUCCGUGGGGAUGUCCAAAGAGUCGGUGCGGAAUGACCGUAACAAAAAGAAGAAAGACGUCCCCAAGCCGGAGUUCACAGAGAGCUACGAGCUGACCGCAGAGCUGGAGGUCAUCAUCGAGAAGAUCCGCAAGGCCCACCAGGAGACCUUCCCUUCGCUGUGUCAGCUGGGGAAGUACACCACGAACUCCAGUGCAGACCACCGUGUGCGACUGGACCUUGGUCUGUGGGACAAAUUCAGUGAACUGGCCACCAAGUGCAUUAUCAAAAUUGUGGAAUUUGCUAAACGAGUGCCUGGCUUCACAGGGCUGACGAUUGCUGACCAAAUCACCCUCCUCAAAGCUGCCUGUCUGGACAUUCUGAUUCUGCGGAUCUGUACGAGGUACACGCCUGACCAGGACACCAUGACCUUCUCAGACGGGCUGACAUUGAACCGCACACAGAUGCACAACGCAGGGUUUGGCCCACUCACGGACCUGGUCUUCACCUUCGCCAACCAGCUCCUGCCCCUGGAGAUGGAUGAUACAGAGAGCGGCCUCCUCAGCGCCAUCUGCCUCAUCUCUGGAGACCGUCAGGACCUGGAGGAGCCCUCAAAGGUAGACAAGCUCCAGGAGCCCUUGCUGGAGGCACUGAAGAUCUACAUCCGCAAACGUCGGCCCAGCAAGCCACACAUGUUCCCUAAAAUCCUUAUGAAGAUUACGGACCUGCGUAGCAUUAGUGCUAAGGGCGCAGAGCGCGUGAUCACCCUGAAGAUGGAGAUCCCGGGUUCGAUGCCGCCGCUGAUCCAGGAGAUGCUGGAGAACUCCGAGGGUCAGGAGGGGCAGGGCACCGAGGACGGCAGCCCGGAGCAGAGCAGCGCCAGGGGAGCCAAGCCCUCGCCAGAGUCCCCGGACCCCGAGGACAGCGGUGCCACACCAGCUGUGGAGCCGUAGGGCCGCACCCAAAAGAGACCCCACAGACUCCAGACAUUCCUUUGCACAAUACAGGGGGAAGGCAAGGCAGCGGAUGCGGCCUCAGCGGCUCCAUCGCGGCUCUGUUCUUUGUUUUGUUUUUGUUUUGUUUGUUUUUUUUUUAACGACACUAAGGCCUAAAAGGACCAGUGCUUUGUGUAUAAUUGAUAUUGAGCUCUUAAUAUUUCCCUCUCUGACCGGGACAACGUCUGUCAUGA